CAGGCUGAGUAAUAAAGUCGGUCCCAGGGUUCUGAUUGGAUUGGUGGGCGGGUCAUAUGGGGCGAAUUGGUGCAAUCAAAAACGGAGGCCUCGACGUCGCAGCUGCUAUCUUGCUCCGCCAACAACACCGCGCCGACAUUGAAAGUCGUCCGCAAACCCAUCCGUCACGUCGCGAACGAAGCCGAUUUAUGAUCUGCUGUCCAUAUAACCACAUGCGAUCGCAUCCAAACACGCACUCCAUUCUUCAAUCAUCCGAAAUCGUCAAUUUAAUCCUUCUCCCACGUCAUUCUCUUCCCAACCGCCAAGAUGGGAAAAGCAGAGGUCGGCUCGACCAGGUACCUGAACAACAAGAUGAAGUCCAAAGGACUCCAGCGGUUGCGAUGGUUCUGUCAGGUCUGCGAGCGACAAAUGCGCGAUGAGAACGGCUUCAAGAUGCACACACAGUCUGAAUCACAUGUCCGACAGAUGAUGCUGGUGGGCGAAGAUCCGAAGAAGUUUAUCAACGAAUACAGUCGCCAGUUCCAGCGUGACUUCCUACAACUGCUGCGUACCGGUCAUGGCGAGAAGCAGGUCCAGAUAAAUCACUUUUACCAGGAGUACAUCGCCAACAAGGAGCACGUACAUAUGAACUCGACGAAAUGGCCGAGUCUGACUGAGUUUGCCAAGCAUCUGGGGCGCGAAGGCCUCUGUCGAGUCGAGGAGAAUGACAAGGGGAUUCAUAUCGCAUGGAUCGAUGACUCGCCCGAGGCCUUAAGGCGGAAAGAGGCAGUGAAGAGGAAGGAAAUGCAAGACAAAGGUGACGAAGAGCGCGAGCAGAGGAUGAUUAGAGAACAGGUCAAGCGUGCGCAGCGAGAAGCGGCAAAGAAGCAGGCUGGAGGUGCAGACCGUGAGGACGACGAGGAUGAGGAAGAACUGGCACUGAAGAGAGGCGAGGGUGAGAAGAUCAAGCUGUCGUUCGGCGCAAAGCCGGCUGCGAGUACAAAUCCUGCGUUAUCCCCAGAUAAAGAAGAUGAACCUACACUGGAGUUAGCCGGCACAACGGAAGUACCAGUCCCGGAGAAGCCAACCGUUGCGCCCGUAUCUAUGAAGAUGACCGCAAAGCCGCAACCCAAGAAUGUGUUCGCAACAGCCAAAAAGAACGCUCUUGCUGGAGGCGCGAAAAAGCCAUCGCCAUUUCAGCAACCGCGGAAGAUGAGCGAAGCCGAACGGAUCAUGAAGGAAGAGAUGGAGAAGACCAAGAAGAGGUCUGGGCCCGGUUUCAACUUCGGCUCCUCUAAUAAGAAGCAGAGGACGGAUUAAAGCAGCACGUCCUCACAGUGUGAUUAAUCCGGAAACACAGGUGCCAGAAAUUGAUGAACCCUCAGUGUGCCCAACACUGAAUGGCAUGCUUAUAGCAGCGCAUACAUUCGAGGGGAGUUUGGUACUUAACCACGCCAUUGCGCCGAUUUUUAUCAGGUUGAAACUGAUGGAAAGCAUUACAACAAACGGUACGUCUAUGGCACAGUCGUAGUCGUAGGUGUAUUUUGCGAAAUGCUAGACUCGACUCUGCCUUUCACGGUUGGCACUGGCACCAGGAAGAUAUAAACAGAAACUUAUAUAACCCGGAGCAUCUAUAUGCAUGCUGUCUCAAGCUCA